AUUAUCUCUACUUAAAAAAAAAGAUGGAGGAAAAUGCUGAUGAUUUGCAAACUAGUUUUACGGAGUUUUGCAAAAAUAUAUUAAAGGAAAUGUCAUUGCGACUCGGUACUAGCAUAUUUUAAUAAAAUAUUACCAAAUCAUAAUUACAAAAUAACAUUUUAAAAUCUCUGACCGUUGCCAUUAGCCUAGGCUUAAGUUUAAGUUAAAUAACUAGACUAGGCCUAGGCACUUCUUGGCCUUGGCUUUUUCCAAACUAAAAAACUUUUCAUUUUCAUAAUUCAUUUAUUCAUUAUUCAUCAUGUCUCAUGUUGCAUUUUAAUUUUUUAUAUAUAUUAUAUUUGGGUUACCUUAUAUUUGUUGGUAAAGAAGUGGUAAAGAUUUAAGUUUUUGGGUUUUAACUAGGGCCCAUCUAUCAGUCACGUCUCACAUCUAAAUCUAGGUGUUGUCAUGUCAUGUCUUUGAUUGAUGAUAUUAAUUACAUGGUAUGUUUUUGAUAUUACAUAAUAUAGUGUUCUAAAGCAUAAUACACAAAUAAUAAUGCACAGUGAGAAAAUCACAAGGCACUCAGACAGAACAGCGUUCCCAAAUUAAAAAUAUAAAAUUAACAUUAAAAAAAGAAGAAGAAAAAGACCAAAAAAAAAGAAACAUUCUAGAGAGAAUCAAAAGUUUUCUCUGUUAAAUUGUUGUUUUAUAUUAGAUGGCAGACGGUGUUCAAUAAACCUCACUAACCAAAGCAUACAGUGCCUUUGGCACUGUGACAUUAGUUUAAAGAAUGUUUCCUGACAAAACUUUAUUUGAAAUAUAAUGCCAAUAAAAUUAUAUCUUAUGGUAAAUUUAUGCGAUCAGCACCUCUUAUUUCCCAUGGCUGCCAUCUUGUGAAAAGGAAGCAGGAUAAAACAGAAGCUAAAUAUAUAAUAGAUGGCUUUUAAAAUAAAAUUAAAAAAUCAAAAACAUAUUUCUUUUACCUUCAAAUAGAAUCAAUUAUUACAAACAAAAUACAAAAUUUAAAGUAAUCAAAUGUAAAUUAACAUAGCUGAUAAACAUUACAACGUCACAAUACUUUUUUAGACGUACAGAUAGCCAGAAAACUGUACAGACCCACCACAUUCUUAAAAGUUCAAAAAUGUGAAACUAAAAAAAUGUUUAUGUUCACAUACCCUGUUAGGAAAUAUGCUUGUGACAACUUUGUAAUAGAUUAUUUAUUAACUUUACUUAUUGUUUCAGAUGGCGAUGAAAUGACCAUUGCAGAAUCAUUAUACACUGAUAAGUGUGCAAAACUUGUAGAUGACAUUGGAAAAAAGAAAAAUGUCUCAGAUCGAGAUAUUCUAGUGUCUGAGUGCCUGCAGGGAAUAGCUCAGGUGAGCCUCUCAAAAAUCAAUACGCUAGUACUGUUUGAUGCUAUUUCUAAAAUUUCUUCACUCUAAAAUGACAAAUGUGCAUUACAUCAAUAUGAAAAAUGACCAUUGUGCAAUGUUCCCUUUAAGCUGCGUGGCUGCAUGGCCGCAUAGCUAUCUCAUAGAUGCCGUGCAGCAGUUUUGAGUACCCGCGCAGCAAAUUUCCAUGUAAAUGUGUGUUUGUGUUUGUAGGCUGUAAAAUUUUGCACACAAAAAAAUUGAUGCUGUAAAAAUUUGCACACAACUGUAUGAUUUUGCACACGAACCAACAAACCUUAGAGGGAACAUGGCCAUUGUGAUAUCAAUUUUUUUUAGACUUACCUUUAUAUGAUUAUAAUUUUAUAAAACAAAUUAAAAAUCUUAUACAAAUUUCCAUUUGGGAUAUAAGCUUGUGUAUUAUUGUUUUUCUGUGCUUUUAUUUACAAAAUGAAAUUUCUCUAUUAAAUGGUCUGCAUUCUUUUUUAUUCUUUUUUUUUAAAGUCACUUUUUACUUUUUUAUGUUACUGAUCAUUGUACAAAAAUAUAAUAUAAAUUUGAAAUUUGUUAUUUUUAUCUCCUGUAAGAGAUGGCAAAGCUAUUCACAAUAAAUUUCUUAAAAUAAAAAAAAGAAAUGCUUUACAGUUUGUUUUAGACUUGACCUACCUAGAAGAAUGUAAACUUGUAAAUGAAGAAUUCCUGGAUGAAGCAUCACCUUAUACUCGCAUCCUGUAUUUAAUCGGUAAGCUGUAGCAAUUUCUUUAAUUCAUUUAUAUAAACAGUGGUUGCUCAAUAAUCUGAACCAAUUCAAAUUCGACCAAGUGUAAAUUGUGUAAUAAAAAAUCUGGAUUAUCCAUGACAUUCAAUAAUAUUUGAUUCAAAAUGAAAUAAAUGUUUACAUAAAUUGUAAGUUAAUUCUUUGAUCCCAAACAAGUAUGCCUCAAGUCUUGGCAUUUGUGACAUGCUUGUCUUGGCAUUUGAGACAUGCUUGUCUUUGAUAUACCUUCAGUCUUGUGUUUUGUGACAAGCUUGUCUUUGAUAUGACGACAGUGAAAUCUGUGAGUAGCACAAACCCUUGGGGCCAAACAAAAAUGGGUUUGUUAUUCACAAGUUCAGCCAGAAUGAUAAUCAUUAAAAGGUUUAGCCAGAAUGAUAAUCAUUCACCAUAAUUUGAAAGAAGAUGACACACGGGCACUGAAAUUAAGAAGAAAAUUACAAAACAGACAGAAAGUGCAAACAUUUAUAUGUAUGUGAAAUGAGCACAUGACAUUUAUGAAACUGAGCAAGAUUGUAUUGUGCUAAAUGGUUCAUUGACAACCCUCAAACUCUAAGCAAAGCUCUUGGUAACUUGCUGUUUGAUCUUGAGUCCAGAAACACACAGUCACAGCAUGGCAGCAGACUGAUUAGCAAAGCUAAAGAUCUUCGUCACACCCUGUGCAUAAUGUAAUUCUUCGCCAGUGGAUCACAGUAUGUGCUAUUGGCAAGGAAAAACAUGAUUUUUGUCCCUCGGAAACACUUUUUUUAAAAAAAAAUCAAUCCCUGCGGCGGUGAGUUAGCACAUUUGCCAGGGUCAAGGACUAUUCCAAGGUUUGGUAUUCACAGGUUUCACUGUCAAACUUUCAUGGUGAUAAUUUUGUUUUCCAGAUCCUCAAUGUACAUUUCUGGAUCACAAAAUACCGGUCUUGAAACCUGAUUGUCCACAUAAAAGAUGUUAAGAUUUUUUAGUUUGUUCUGUUAGUUUUAUGGCAUACAAACACAAUGAAAAUUUUAUUAAAUGGUUUAUUCACAACCCAAUUCAAGUAUCUUUUUUUUAAAAUUGUUAAAUGACAAAACAUUAGGGCGCAUUUAAAUUGUUAAAGGAAAAAACAUUAGGGCACUUAUCUCAAUUCAUGUAUCAUUUAAUAAACAGGGACCUUAUCCAGUAUUGAACAAUUGGCCCAAAAAACGGUCAAGGAAAAGCAAGUGAGUUAGUAUAAUUGAUGAAUUACAAUUUUAUGGAAAUUUUUAUUUUUUAACCGUAUCUAAAUAUUUGGUAACUUUAUUCUAAAUUGUGGGAGAUUCUUGAAAAACCAUUCACAGGGAUAAUUAAAUAAGUUGAUUUGUUAAGAUAUUUAUAGAUUCUUGAUUGCUAACAUCUCAAAAUAUUAUUCACUAGCCCAUUGAAGUGUUAGGUCCUGAGGUUGUAGAAUGCAUACAUUGGAGGAAUGGAGCCCUGAUGUACAUGUACUGUCAUACUCUUAACUCAGAAUCUGAGGCAGCAUUCCCAGCCCACUACCAGCAGGUCAUUAAAGCAUUGUUAUUUAACUCUCUGUAUCCAAGAAAUAUCUCGUGUUUUGGUGCUUCUGUAUAAUCCAGUAUUGCAUUUCUCCAAUUUGUUAAGUUAAGAACACCUGUAAUAAUCAAGUUUUGCAUUUCUCCAGUUUGUUAAGUUAAGAACAUUUGUAAUAAUCAAGUAAUGCAUUUCUCCAAUUUUUUAAGUUAAGAACACCUGUAAUAAUCAAGUAUUGCAUUUCUCCAGUUUGUUUAACAAGAUGUUAUUUCUAGUAAUAAAUGAUUAUCUCAAUAAAAAAUAUUGCUAUUUAUUUGUUUUAUUUUUAGAGUUAAAAAAACAUUAAUUUAAUCUAUUAACCAUAACUUCUGUGAUUGUUCUGCAAAAGAUUCUAUUCAUAUUUUUAAAUGAGAUGCUGUUGUAUACUUUAUUUCAGUGGUUCCCAAACAUUUAAGUUUGGCGGACCGGUGAACAAGUUUCGAAAUUUACCAGGGACCGGUGCAUGAUUUACUUUUAACCUUUUAUUUCUAUUUGACUAUAAUUAUUUAUGUUAUGGGGACCGGCAGCGUUAGGCCUGCGGACCGGUGAAGGUCCACGGACAGCCAUUUGAUGGAAAUCUAAUAUAGCUUUAAACAAAUACUUUUUUUCUAGUGCUUAGAAAAGGGCAUACGAUCCCUUAAGUCAAUGUUGUGUUCCCAAUGUUCCCCUGCUUGGUUGACUGAACAAUCAACUUAUGUUGCUGAGAAAGAAUUGGAUGGUGAGGAAGAUGAUCACUCAAGUUUUUUAUAUGCUCAAGGCAAGUUGCCCCAGGGUUUAUACUGUCUAAGGUCAUGUUGAACUCAGUCAAUACUCAUGUAGAGAACUCAGUCUAUACUCAUAUAGAACUCAGUAUAUACUCAUAUAGAACUCAGUCUAUACUCAUAUAGAACUCAGUCUAUACUCAUAUAGAACUCAGUCUAUAUUCAUAUAGAACUCAGUAUAUACUCAUAUAGAACUCAGUAUAUACUCAUAUAGAACUCAGUAUAUACUCAUAUAGAACUCAGUCUAUACUCAUAUAGAACUCAGUCUAUACUCAUAGAACUCAGCAUAUACUCAUAUAGAACUCAGUCUAUACUCAUAUAGAACUCAGUCUAUACUCAUAUAGAACUCAAUCUAUACUCAUAUAGAACUCAGUCUAUACUCAUAUAGAACUCAGUCUAUACUCAUAUAGAACUCAGUAUAUACUCAUAUAGAACUCAGUAUAUACUCAUAUAAAUUUAUUUGCCAUUAUUUUAUAUUUAACUGGGUACUCAACAUUUAGUCCUCAAUCUUAAUUUUUUUUAGAAAAAUUGAUUUUUCCUUUUGCCUGAGAGAUUCCAGUUUUUAAUUUAAGGCAUUUGUUUAGUUAGGUAGCAUUAAAUAAAUCUUGUUCAAUAAAUACAAAAUUAACAAGCACAAAACAAUUUGUAUUUAAUUUCAACUUAUUGAUCAUAUUUUGUUUCUUAUAUAAACCUGUCUAAAUUUGUUUUAACCUCUGACUAAAUUUGUUUUAACCUCUGACUAAAUUUGAUAUAAAUCUUAAACUAAAUUUGUUUUAGCAAACUUUAGACUAAAUCUUUAAAAUCAUUUGUUCACUUAGUGAUUGAAUCUAGUCAUACAUUUUGUUCGGAACUUCAAGUGUUCUCAAACACUGUACUUGUGUUUCCAUAUUUACAGGUAUCCUGAGCAGUACUCACCUCCUUGCUUUAAUGUACUGUGGUGAAAUGUGUUACUGGUUCACAAAGGCCAACUUUGAAGACAUUAAGAAAGGUGAAGGCCACGCCACUCCUGAUCUGGUCAGAGGUGACACUACAGCCAGAGAUACAUGUAUUGACAUCGCAGGUGAUACUGAACAUUUUGAUAAAGAUAACUGUGACACCAUAAAUGCACCACAGCUCGGCCAGUCCUGUUUAGAAGUAUAUGUCCGAGCUGCUACAAAGCAAGUCUUUGCAGGUGGCUGGCAAGCAUCCAGAGCUGAGGAAAUUUUAGAAUAUUUUAAAACAUUAAACUCUAGUUCCUGAUUGUAAAUUAUAUAAGAAUAAUUUUACUUAUUCCUUGUUUUGCUUUGUUAUUUUUAAAAAUAUUUGUGACCACUAUAACGAAGAAUAUUAAGAAUAAACAACUCCAUUACUAACUACGCCAUCACUGCUGCACCUGCUAAAACAUAACACCA